AUUAUUAACAUCCUCAAUAGUUCUCUGCAAAAACGAAUUCGUGCACCCUCUUGGGGGAUAGGUUCUUUUGCUUUCUAUUUGCUCGCCUGCAGCCAGGGUGCACAUUUAUUUGAGAGGGACCAUAUUUCCUCCUCGAUGGCUGGUCAGGUCGAUUUUUCCAGACUACAGGAUAUUUCUUUUUAGUGUCUCCAAUAGCUUUUUUGUUAUUAUUUUUACUGAGGUAGAGAGGAAAGAGAUCUGUCUGGGUAAGUGGGAGAUUCUCUGCGAUGAGAAAGGGGAGACUUAGAGACAGGAGGGGAAAGCAGCAGCCCCCCGCCCCCACGUCUCGCAUUCCCCUUACUCUCCACCAGUGACCUCCCUUGGAGACCCCAGGCGGCACAUCGAUAUUUAAUCAGCCCUUCGCCAGCACGCUGCCAAGCACUCGCCGGCGGGGCUUGCCAGGCAUCGCUCUCACUGCGCUGAAGCCGGCACCCGGCUCCGCACGCGGCUUUGGAAGGACCAACUCCCGGCUCACCCCCUCCCCAGGGUGGCUCUGCUCCCGGACCGGGCGCUGCACCCACCAUGCGCUGCUGCCAGCGGCUCGCUCUGCUCUGUGCGCUGCCCUGGCUCCUACGGGUUGCAGCGCCCGGGCGCCCCGCGAAGCCCCUCACGCAGUCAGCAGCGCUGCGCGGCGCCCCACGCGACCCCGCCAGGGGCGCGGAUUUCGAUCACGUCUACAGCGGGGUGGUGAAUCUCAGCACCGAGAACAUCUACUCCUUCAACUACACCAACCAGCCUGGCCAGGUGACCGCCGUGCGGGUAUAUGUGAACAGUUCCUCUGAGAACCUCAACUAUCCAGUCCUCGUUGUGGUUCGUCAGCAAAAAGAGGUGCUGUCCUGGCAGGUUCCGCUGCUCUUCCAAGGACUAUACCAAAGGAGCUACAACUACCAGGAAGUCAGUCGCACCUUGUGUCCCUCAAAAGCAACCAAUGAAACAGGACCUUUGGAACAACUGAUAUUUGUAGAUGUGGCAUCCAUGGCACCACUUGGUGCCCACUACAAACUGCUGGUCACCAAGAUCAAGCACUUCCAGCUUCAGACAAACGUUGCCUUUCACUUCACUGCCAGCCCUUCUCAACCUCAGUAUUUUCUUUACAAAUUUCCCAAAGAUGUGGACUCAGUUAUCAUUAAAGUGGUAUCUGAAAUGGCUUAUCCAUGUUCUGUUGUCUCAGUCCAGAACAUCAUGUGCCCAGUGUAUGAUCUUGACCACAAUGUGGAAUUUAAUGGUGUCUAUCAGUCCAUGACCAAGAAAGCUGCCAUCACACUACAGAAGAAGGAUUUCCCAGGUGAGCAGUUCUUCGUGGUGUUUGUGAUAAAACCUGAAGAUUAUGCAUGUGGAGGAUCGUUCUUCAUUCAGGAAAAUGAGAACCAGACCUGGAAUCUACAACGAACAAAGAAACUUAAAGUGACCAUUGUUCCUUCCAUUAAAGAAUCUGUUUACGUGAAAUCCAGUCUUUUCAGUGUCUUCAUCUUCUUGUCCUUCUACGUUGGAUGCCUGCUUGUGGUGUUUGUUCAUUAUGUGAGGUUCCAGAGAAAAUCCAUUGAUGGAAGCUUUGGCUCCAAUGAUGGCUCUGGAAACAUGGCGGUGUCACAUCCCAUUGCUGCCAGCACACCUGAAGGGAGCAAUUAUGGGGCAAUAGAUGAGUCGAGCUCCAGUCCUGGAAGGCAGAUGUCCCCCUCUGAUGGUGGGCAGCCAUGCCAUUCAGACACAGACAGCUCCGUGGAAGAGAGUGACUUUGACACUAUGCCAGAUAUUGAGAGUGACAAAAACAUCAUCCGGACCAAGAUGUUCCUUUAUGUGUCAGAUCUGUCCAGGAAGGACCGGAGAAUUGUCAGCAAAAAAUAUAAAAUUUAUUUUUGGAACAUCAUUACUAUUGCUGUGUUUUAUGCACUGCCUGUGAUCCAGUUGGUCAUCACCUACCAGACAGUGGUAAAUGUCACUGGCAACCAGGACAUCUGCUACUACAACUUCCUUUGUGCUCACCCCUUGGGCGUCCUGAGUGCCUUCAACAAUAUCCUCAGUAACCUGGGCCAUGUGCUUCUGGGCUUCCUCUUCCUACUGAUAGUCUUGCGCCGGGACAUUCUCCAUCGAAGAGCCCUGGAAGCCAAGGACAUCUUUGCUAUGGAGUACGGGAUUCCCAAACACUUUGGUCUCUUCUAUGCUAUGGGCAUUGCACUGAUGAUGGAAGGGGUGCUCAGUGCUUGUUACCACGUCUGCCCUAAUUACUCCAAUUUCCAGUUUGACACCUCCUUCAUGUACAUGAUCGCUGGCCUCUGCAUGCUGAAACUCUAUCAGACUCGCCACCCGGACAUCAACGCCAGCGCCUACUCUGCCUAUGCUUCCUUCGCCGUGGUCAUCAUGCUCACCGUCCUUGGAGUGGUAUUUGGAAAAAAUGACGUGUGGUUCUGGGUCAUCUUCUCUGCCAUCCAUAUUCUGGCCUCUCUGGCCCUCAGCACCCAGAUCUACUACAUGGGUCGUUUUAAGAUAGAUGUGUCUGACACAGCAGAUUUGGGAAUUUUCCGGCGGGCAGCCAUGGUGAUAUACACGGACUGUAUCCAGCAGUGUAGCCGGCCACUGUACAUGGAUAGAAUGGUGUUGCUUGUUGUAGGCAAUCUGGUUAACUGGUCCUUUGCCCUCUUUGGAUUGAUCUACCGGCCCAGAGACUUUGCAUCGUACAUGCUGGGCAUCUUCAUCUGCAAUCUGCUGCUGUAUCUGGCCUUCUACAUCAUCAUGAAGCUUCGCAGUUCUGAGAAGGUCCUUCCAGUGCCACUCUUCUGCAUUGUGGCCACCGCUGUGGUAUGGGCUGCCGCCCUGUAUUUUUUCUUCCAGAAUCUCAGCAGCUGGGAGGGAACACCAGCCGAAUCACGAGAGAAGAAUCGUGAGUGUAUCCUGCUGGAUUUCUUUGAUGAUCAUGACAUCUGGCACUUCCUCUCAGCUACUGCCUUGUUUUUCUCAUUCUUGGUUUUGCUAACUCUGGAUGAUGACCUGGAUGUGGUUCAGAGAGACCAGAUCCCUGUCUUCUGAGCCUCCAGCAUUAAGAGGCAGACAGCAAAUGAUCCAUCUUGGUGCUGUUUCCUGAAGAAUACAGUGACUGCAGCAACGUGCCCACUGCCAAAUACUCCACCUGCCUCUGUGGAGUCAACUCUUGUUCACCCAGGAAGGAGAGGAGCUGGGGGAGAUCUAAACCCUAUAAGAAGGGAAGCAGAAAGGAAGCCACAACUGCAGACAGAGGCAAACCCUGAAAUGCUGAGAUACACCCAUCUGUGUCUGUGCUUACAACUCAGAGAGUCAGACACAGACAACAGCUACAUGACUGUCAACCCACUGUCUGGGACCCUCCCACUCUCACCUGACAUUUUAUCAGAACAUGGCUACACUCUUCCCUGAGCCACUGCCAUGCCUCAAAAGGCCAGCUGCUUGGAUUGCCUGCCUAGAAACCCUGGUGUGGGCUUCACACCUCUGUGAUUCCCACUGCUGUAGAUGUCCAAAGCACCAUCUUGUUUCUCCAAGGAAGGUCCCUGAGAACGUGCUUCUUCAGAGUAUUGUGGAAGGGGUGCCGAGGUGGGCCAAAGCCCCACUCUGCUGGAAUGAUUUCCUGGUAGCACCAGCCAGUCACCUCUCAGAAGGAAUACUGAAUGUUUCCCCAGGCUCCUGACACCAUGAGGACUCAGAAUUAUGCAUUGUCACACUCCUCUGAACAGGAAACCAUCACUGGGACCAAUGCCUGGGUGCUUAUCUAUUCUCAGAGUCUUCAUCUCACUGCUGCGUUGACCCUUUACUCUGGCUUCACCUUCUUGGAAAGACCCUGUUACUCCUUAGACCCACUCAUCUCUAAGAUGGGAGGAGAAAUGAGAAAAUCUCUUUUGGCAGUAGGAGGAGCAAGAAAAAUGACUGACAGAACUAAGAGACUGGAGACAUCAAGCAGACAGGCCUUGCCUUGUGAACUACUGGAGCAAAUCCAGUGAAGCAACAGUGCUUUCUCAGUCUCCAAUUCACACAGCUUAGUUUUGUGCCCACAUGACCUUUGGCAGAGAAAUAACUGUUCUAACCAGGGGCACCAAUCUACGGUUCUCCACAACUGAACCCCUCAACUGGCAUGAUCAAGGUUCCAGACUUUUUCCCUGAAGUUUUCAGACAUUACUCAGGAUGAACACAGUUUCCUCUGCCUCUCCGGUUGCAAAGAGUACAGCUAAUUGAGCAUUGUGUCUUGUACCUGCCUCCCCCCAGCAUGGUGUUGAAAAGCUUAGCGUCCUGGUUCCUGUCUCACACUGUCUGGCAAUUCUGCCUCUGAGAAGUCCCAUUUUAACCAAACUCCUUGUUGCUGCAAGUAUGUCGUAGUCAUAAAAUAGACAUACAAAUGUGUGCACCUGAGUGUUUGCUGGUGCAAUUGAAAUCACAUCUCAUCUCUGCUUUCCUAGUCCUUUGUUAGAGAAGUGGAUUGGGCAUUCUUUAAAUAUUUUUUCUCUCUCAAAUAUUUGCAUAAUGUUCAAAAACAUCCUUGGAAGUUUGAACAGCAAACUUUCCCUAAAUUUUAAAAACACAAAGAUGCUUCCUGUGAAAUAUUUUUUGUGUUCUUUCUAAAAAGCUCCUAAAUUUGUAAUUGCUCUUCUGUUAUUCUUUAUUCCUUAAAAAUUUUUGGUUUCCAUAGGUCACAUGAAGGCUACCAAUUCAAUAGUUGUGUCAUUCCAACAUGUAAAAAUAAUUUUGAACCUGUUUCACUAUGACUGACUUGGCAUAAAUUCUUUUACGGCACUCAAAGAAUCCACUAAAGACAUAUGAACAACAAAGUCCACCCAAGUAAGUAAAUGUUUCCAGAAGCUUGUUCAGGAACAACAUCAGUGAAAAUGGCAAGGGCCCCUGCACAAAGGGCCAGACCGCUGCAGUAUUCCUUGCUGUGUUCGGCUGUCUGUCUUGUACUAUAAAGUCACAAAUUGUGGUCAGUUUUGUUCUCUGCAGCAGGACUAAGAACCCAGACCAAGACUGCUUUUAUAAAUAUUAAUUCUAAGUGUAUGUGUUGCUAAUUCUUUCUAUAGCACCAAUCUUGUGGUUGGAGGACAUAAAAAAGUCAUGGUGUUGCAACUCUGGGAUUCAUGUGAGUGCUAGGUAGAGGGAGCAGCCAGAGCUUAGUAGCUUCAUGGUAUAUUUUUGGUAGGUAGCACAGUGCCUAUGCUAACUUCUGCCUAUGCUCAUGGAUUUGGUGUUUCAAAACCAAAAGUCAGGCUAACUCUGGAGGCCAAGUUCAGUGGGAGGGUAACUGAGAAAGCAGCGACUCUGAAGAGGCUCUUGGCAGAACCAGCCCAGAAGGAAUAAGAGCAGUUUAACUGGAGCAGGUCAGAGAUGUGGCAGCUAGAGGGUAAAACUAUGCACAUAAAAAAUGACCUCUUCACACCUCUGACAAAUGGGGCUGGAGAGGCAGCCCCACCUGUUACGCUGGAUGGCUGAGGGAUUAGCCUGGUUUUAUUUUAGCAGCAAGACAAGCCAGUGGAAAACCAGAGACUAUCUGGGGAAGGGACUUUCCAUGACUGAAGGUCAUCCCUGAUCCAGCUCCUUGGGGCAAACAGCACUUAAUUCGU